CCGCAAAGCGCGGGUUAAAUAUGAGUAUUUGUUAUUUUUUUGAAAUAAUGUAUUUUAUUUACAUAUGAAUGUAUAUUCUAAGUAGAUUUCCUUCAAAUAUGUUUUAUAUAUGUUUAUUCAUUUGAUAUUAUUAAUUUGUUACAAUUUUACAUAUUUUGUUAAACUGACAUAGGUCGGUUACUCGGAAUACCACUUAUUAAAUCGACACGACAGUAUAAACCGGUUUGACAACCGUGAUAUUGACUAAUAAAAAAACAAUAAAAAUAUUAAUGGAGGUGUCAAGUGGCAUUCAUUUGUUGCAACGUGUAGCACAUGCACAUAAGAAGGACAAUAAUGCUAUUAGUAAAACCAGAGCCUCCAUUUUUAUGCUUUGCGUGCAAGAAGAAAAUGAGUAAAAACAGUUAUAAUCCUUUUCUCCAACCAGCAGUUUCUCUUCUAUGCUUCUUCAACUGAUCAAUAUCCCACUAUCAAGAUAUCACAUGCAAUUUCUCUUAAAUCAUGUGUAGUUUGUCCAUUCAUCUCUUAUAUUGAGAUAGAAUUCAGAAGUUUAUUUUCCAUCAUCAUGCAAUUCUCUAUGCAUCUUUCUUUGGAUUACCUUUCAACGACGUCAUCUCCUCAACCUUCAUCUUCACUGCAGCAUGAUGUUGAACGAUGAAACAAAGAAGAGCGUGGCUGCGGAAGUCUAUUUUCGCCGUACUCAAUCAGCCACCUCCCGGGAAGAUGUUGAUACGGGAGAAGGUGAAAGGACGUGUUCUGGAUGCUACAAUAAGAUGGACUCUAGGCCCAACUUGAUUUGGAAGGCGAUGAUCAUCAAGAUCAAAACUGCUAUGGCGGUGAAAAAUUGCGGCCUAGGGGUUUCGAUUUCCCCUGAUUGGCGUUUGUAGCUAGUUUGGGAGAGGGGGAAAAGACAUCUUCUCUUGUAGCCGCAAGUCGUCGUCGGAGAGAAAGGACGGAAAACCAAACAGGAGAGAAAGGAGAAGAGAUGGGAGAGGAAGCUCUCUCUCAAUUCUCAGCAGCAAUUACAGAUGCUUUUUCCUUUGUCUCUCUCUAUUUCUUUGGCCAUCGGGCGGAUAGAAAUUUAGCAACGGUUAAUUACUUGGUUUGCCGCACACGGGAUUAUGGGAGAUAGCAUAGAUCUGCCGCAGGCGAAAAAUUACACGGAUGAACAGUGAUUCAGAAUACUCUUAUGGUAAUUAGUGUGUUUUCGUAAGGAACAGUGUUGCUGUUUUUUGGUUACUUACGCCUUAAUUAUUCUAAUAAUAAUGAUAGUUCUUGAUCACUUUUCUCAAUUUGGGGCUAAGUGCACUAGAAAAGAGAAUAUCUCCCUAGGUUGAGCAUUGUCAAUUCAUCACUUGGGGUCUAUGAACGAGUGUGAUUAGAUUCUUAGUGCCGUAGUGGGUUUUACCCAAUCAUGGGAGUUAAUUGUGAUUGGCUCAACUGCAUAGGUUAGUUGUUGGUAUGCAUCUCCAAGUACUGUACUUGAGUAGGAUUUGAUAACUCGAAUAGGGAGCCAUCACAAGAAGAAUACAAGGAAGACAAGCAAAGUCAUUGAAUUAUGUUGUUAGACUAAAGUUAGUCAGUUCUGUGAUGUAUAUCGUCUCUCACUAUUGGAUGGAUGUGUUCAUGUUGCCUAUGGCAGUGAUUACGGAGGAGCCUCGACGUUUGUGUAGUGAUUCUCUAUGGGAGAGUCACUUCUGGAAUGAUACUGAAGGCAGUGGUUGCAUGGAAAAAAUCGACUUAUCCUAAAAAGUGCAGACUGUCGAGUGACUCCCAUACUGUCGAGCACAUUUUAGUCAACAUUUUAGUGAUUUCUCUAUUUAAAGUGCAGACUGUCGAGCACAUAAUACAAGUGUGCAAUCCAAAUUGUCUCGUUGUUCUUUGUCAGCGCAAAAACCAGAGUAAGAGCUCGACAGUGGAAGAGAUGUAUAAUUCUUUUUUGCAAUAGAUUGUUCAAAAUGUGCCAUAAAACUUUGAUGAAUGACCGAGGAUAAGAGUAGCAUAUACUAUAUUCAUUCUCUUGCCCAAAAAUUUAAAAAAAUAAAACAUCUGUUCAUCCAAAAUUUUCUGUUUUGUCAUUCAUCUCCGUAGCUAAAAUUCUUCUUCUCUGACCAAGGGAAGUAGUUGGGCCCACUCCUGCACCGCAAAUUGGUUCUCAGCCACAAACCCUAUUUCUAUAAUCCAAAAACUUAUAAAUAUCUGAUAUCUUUUAUGCUAAACAAAGUAACAGAUACAACCUAAGCUAAGAGUAUUAUUCUAAACAUAAAUCUUAUCUCUGGGAAUGAAAGCAAACAGAAAGUGGGUAAGAUUAAGAAGUCUUUAUUCCGUUUUAGUUUAAUAGGAGGCGUUGGAGUUGCGGGGUGGCGCACAAUGCACAUCCAAUGAUUUUAUAUUCGCUUCCAUUUAAAGAUAAGAAGAGGCUUUUUAACCAAAAAAAAGAGAUAAGAAGAGGCAUCUUUUUCCUACGAUGGUGGUGCGAUAAUGAUGUGUAGGAAGACGAACGACGCAGGGAGCACUAUACAGUCGGGUGUAUUUUUUAAUUGGGUUGUGCUUUUCUUUGAUAGCAAUUAGCAGAUAUCUAAUCGAUUUCGAAUAGAGUUUAUGAAGAAUG